CACACUGAGAAAUACUUUCGUUGUUCCUAAUAUUCAUCUCUAUAUCUGUCAUUCUCAGCAUACACACAUAUAUAUAGACACGCAUACAUAUAUGUAGGGUAAUUGUGAAAAGUGCUAUAAAUCGCGACACACAACAAAAACCUACGCGAACGAGAGAGAGAAAUAAGUAUAUAGAGAGAGACAGACAGAUAGGGAGAGAGAGAGAGACUGACAUUGUCUAACGGUGCUGUGUCGCUGUGGUAGACCAGACAGAUACAAACUUUUUCUAAAAACAAACUUUAUAGUGUGUCUAUAAGACAAGCGGUGACUAUGGAAGGUAAUAUUCGAGUCCCACGUCGUUUAAAACGUUACUUCAGCUCCAUGUGUCUGGUCAGUGUCUUCCUGAUGGUGCUUGUGGGACCAGGGGCCAUCAUAACAGUCCUCGGUCAAACCAUGUCCUUUUUUAAUCUUACAAACUUGCUUGGGUCGUUCGGCAAUUUGAUCGAAUCUUUGGCCGGUUUCGGCAAGGGUGGAAGUUGUACCUUUAAAUGUCCCGAUGGAAGUAAACCACGACCCAAUCCUGUCCAUGCUUCCACUACUGAUGGUUGUGGUGCAUUUGGUUUUCAGAUCCAUUCACAGCUCUUCCCUGCUGUCACCACAUGCUGUGAGACACAUGACUUCUGCUAUGAUAUGUGUAACAGCAACAAGAGUGUCUGUGACUCAGAGUUCCAAGACUGCCUCAAGAUGAUAUGUAAAAACAUACACAAAGCCACAGGUGGUACAGAGUUAUAUGAAGGUUGUGUCAGCAUAGCUGCCCUGGCAUACAAGACAACAGUGGCAGUUGGAUGUAAGACUUUCCAACAGUCCCAGAGCAAUGCCUGCAUCUGUGGUGGUGGUCCUGCUCAUGAUGAUGUCCAUGGAGACAGUGACAGUAGUAGCAGUGGUGGUGGUAGUGGCAGUGGUGAAGGUGGUGGUGGUGGAGGUGAGAGUUCGUCUUCCCAGUUUGUUCACACUUCCAAGAAAACUUUUGGUACAAAGUCUCGCUCCUCAGGAGACUCUGUCCCUCCUGGUUCUGAAUCAUCAGACGAGACAUUCAGGCAGGCAUCAUCAUCAUCAUCACAAUCGCCGCCAGACCAAAAAGACAACAGCAACAAUGGCGAUUUCGGCAGUAAAACAGCAAAAGAAGCAAUGGGUUAUACUCAACAGGAGAAUAAUAUGAAGGGACACAAGGUGUACAAUCAUGCAGACAUUGUACGAGCCAACAUGCCACAGGGAUCACCAUCAUCAUCGCAAAAUGAACACAGCACACGAGACAAUGUCGCUGGGUCAAAGGAUGAUGUCAAGCAAAAACGACGAGACAAGACGAAAGGGUCAAAAAAUAACUUGCGACGCGGAAAAGAUGACGAUGACAAUGAUGAUGAUGAUGACGAUGAUGAUGAUAAAUAUAGAAAUAAUGUUGGGGGUAAGAAAGGGUAUGGUAAGAAACAUAACAAACCCAAAGGGACACGGCAGAAAGAUGAGUUUUAAGGAGUUUAGGGUGCCAUGAAUUGGACUUUGUAUUUUUGUAUAUAUUAAUUUUAUAAUUAGUUUAUAUAUAUGUGUGUGUGUGUAUAUAUAUAUAUAUGUACAUGCAUAUACAUACAUGCACACCA